UGUCGUUCCGUUUCGCAGGCGGUGGACAGUGGCUGACCACGCAGCAAGCACGACUGCCCGGCUGCGUGCACACGUCAUUUACGUUUGCCAGUUUCUUCUCUUAUUUCAAUUGUCGAUUUCAUCAACCAGUCAAAAAUGGACUCUCUGAAGAAAGGCUGGUUUAGUGAACUGAAUGAACUAUGGCCGGGAAUGAGUUUGUCGCUUCAAGUGGAAGAAGUGCUGCACAAGGAAAAAUCCUCGUAUCAAGACAUAAUGGUGCUGCAAACGAAGUCUCAUGGGAAAGCCUUAAUCCUGGACGGUAUAAUCCAAUGUACUGAAUCAGAUGAAUUUGCUUAUCAAGAAAUGAUAUCAUUCUUGCCUUUGUGUUGCCAUCCUUCUCCAAAGCGAGUGCUUAUUGUUGGUGGUGGUGAUGGAGGAGUCGCUAGAGAAGUAGCCAAGCACCCUGAUGUUGAGAGAAUUGAUCAAGUAGAAAUUGAUGCACAAGUAAUUGAAGUUUCCAAAAAAUUCUUACCCUCUAUGGCCGUUGGUUUUUCGCAUCCCAAGCUAUCACUUCAUGUGGAAGAUGGAUUCAAGUUCAUGCAACAACACGAGCACGAGUUUGAUGUGGUAAUUACGGACUCGUCAGAUCCCGUAGGUCCAGCAGUUUCUCUUUUCCAAGAGAGCUACUUCAGUUUAAUGCGCCGUGCUUUGAGACCUGGGGGCAUCGUAUGUUCUCAGGGUGGAACAGUGUGGGCCAAUUCUGAGCAUGUUGCGCAAACACUCUCUCAUUGUCAGGCUACCUUUCCAGCUGCUGCUUAUGCUUAUGCUGCUGUUCCCACCUACCCCACUGGUCAGAUUGGUUUUGUCCUUGGAAGUCUAGAUGAGAACACAAAAUUCCGAGAUCCUGUAAGAAAAUUUAGUGAUGAUGAAUUGGAAUCAAUGCAUCUUCGUUACUACAAUUCUGACAUUCAUCAAGCUGCAUUCACUAUGCCACGAUUUGCACAGAAAAUUUUGUCUUCGACAUCGAAUCCUUCUGACAGAAAUAACAAUCCAGGUGAUUCAUCCUAAUACGGGUCUGUGGCCUUGGACAUGGUUAUAAACAUAACUGAUCCAAAGUGCUCAUAUGAUUUCCUAAGUGAAGUUCAGUUUCCAAAAAGUCUUCAAAGCCAUAUCUUAUAUAGACUUAUCUGCUUGCUUCAUGGAAAUUUUAUUUUUCUUGAGACUGCAUUAUGUUGAAGACUCUUUGGAGCUCUUACAUUCCUACUAGAUAAACUUUUUGUUUAGCAUUGAUCUGAAGGAGAAUUACGUUUUUAGUUGACCAACAAGAUUUUUGUACUGAUUUAUAUAACAGUUAUUUUGAGGCUGGUUCCACUUUUGUGUGUUUAGAAGCAUACUUUAUUCAUUUUCAAUGCUAAUACCACACUAUGAUUAAGUUUUAUAAGAUUUUAGUUGCCUUUUGGUACUCUAGAUAAAAUGUUUAUAUUUUAUAUUUUCAUAAUAUUUUUUUGUCCCCCAAAAUUUUGAUCUCAUGAAUUUUUUCAUGUCUUUAUCGUUGUUUUUACCCACCAUGAGGGUUGGUAAUGCAGUUGUGAAUUUUUCCACCUGUAUCAUCGUUUUAUUUCAGUCCAUGUACUUGUCAUUAUACUUUAUUUAUUAUAUUGUCAGAGGCUUGAUUCUUGAAGCCACAAAUCCCUUUGUACUGAUUGAUAAAUCCUGUCUGUUUGAAAGUAAUCUUUUCAAACAGAAUCUUUUUAUUUCAAAUAAGAUAAUUAAAUGAAAUUCUAUUGGAAGUUUUGGGCGCUUCACCGAAA